GUGUGCGCUCGCCCUCCCAGCGCCUCCUCGUGGUCACAGACUGUCACCGGUCACUUCCAGUUCAGGCAGCGGGUCCUGGCGCCUUCUCUGCCCCGGAAAAACAGCGUCGAGCCGCGGCCACAGAGGGCCACGGAGCACCGCAGAGAUGCCCGGGAUGAUGGACAAGGGCUCGGAGUACAUGGGCAAAGGCCGCUCUAACGGAACCAAGAGCCCGUCCACGGCCUCCAACGGACAUUGCACGGAAGACAGCAGCGACGAGGAGCACGAUGUGGGGAUGAGGGUGGGCUCCGACUAUCAGGCCUCCAUCCCCGACUUUGAACCAGGCGCAACCAAGUACGCGGACAAAGAGAGCGGAGGCAUGCUAGUGUGGUCCCCAUAUCACUGCAUCAGCGACUCCAAGUUGGACGAGUACAUCGCUAUUGCCAAAGAGAAACAUGGAUACAACGUGGAGCAGGCUCUGGGCAUGCUCUUCUGGCACAAGCACAACAUCGAGAAGUCUCUGGCUGAUCUCCCAAAUUUCACUCCGUUUCCAGACGAGUGGACGGUGGAGGACAAGGUUCUGUUUGAGCAGGCCUUCAGCUUCCACGGCAAGAGCUUCCACCGCAUACAGCAGAUGUUGCCGGAUAAAUCCAUUUCGUCUCUGGUGAAAUAUUAUUAUUCGUGGAAGAAGACACGCUCCAGAACCAGCCUCAUGGACCGGCAGGCUAGAAAGUUAGCUAGCCGCUCCAACCAGGAAGACAGUGAUGAGGAAAUGGAGGAAGCCAAUCCGAUCGAAGCAAACGACAGUGACUACGACCCCAACAAGGAAACAAAGAAAGAGAACCAGCCCGAGGCCCCUCCUCCAGGGGCUAAACUAGCCCUGGGUCGCAGAGAGCACCAGACACUUACACAUCGCCACCACCAGAGGGCGCGCUGCAGACCGCCCAAAGGCAUGUACCUGACGCAGGACGAUGUGUUAGCCGUUAGCUGCUCUGUGUCCGCGGCUAAUAGUCUGCUCAGGGGACUGGACCUGGAGCUAGUGUCACUGAAGAGACAGGUGCAGAAUGCGAAGCAGAUAAACAGUGGACUCAAACACACUCUGGAGACUGGGAUUGAUGAGUUCAGGCUGCCUGAGAGUAACCAGAAGGUGAACGCUCGCUGGACCACGGACGAGCAGUUGCUGGCCGUUCAGGGUGUGCGUAAAUACGGUAAAGAUUUCCAGGCGAUCGCAGAUGUGAUCGGGAACAAGACUCUGGGGCAGGUCAAGAACUUCUUUGUGAAUUAUCGACGCCGCUUUAACCUGGAGGAAGUGCUGCAGGAGUGGGAGGCGGAGCAAGGAACCAGAGCCCCGAAUGGAGACAGCGCCACCUGUGGAGAGGAAGGGAAGAACAGCGCCCCGGCUUCAGGCAAAAGCACCGAUGAAGAGGACGAAGAGGUCUCGUCUGGCGCGUCCCCGGCUGCUGCCUCCUCCUCCUCCUCUCACCCCCCUCUGUCAUCUUCCUCUUCCUCUCUUCACCAGCCUCCUCCUCUCCUCCGCCCUUCACUCCCGGCCGCUCCUGCUCUUCAUCGUCACCCUCCUCCUCUUCAGCAGCAGGCUCGCUUCCUCCAACCGCGCUCCACCUUGCAGCAGCCCCCGCCCCUCAUCCGGCCCUCAUCCAAUCAGCCACCUCCGAGGCUCAACCCGAGACCGCCCGCUGCGGCCUGCGGUACCGCCCCAGGAGCCACGGGGGGCGCCGCACCACCACAAGAUGCUCCUGCUCCACAGGCUUCAAACAUUCACUAAAACAUAACAGCACUGGGUCAAAUGCAAUCAGGCCCCGCCCACAACAGAGGCCCAUGUGACACUGUCCGCAUGUCAUUAGAACGUUUUCUCUUCACAAACCUGGAGCUGUGUUUUAUUCACACAUGUGACUCAUACUUAAAACACUCUGUUCCACCUUGUGAUGUCAUCAUGUGGUGAUACAGGAAGUGCCCCACUGUGUUUUUAAACUCCACACACCUUCACUAGAAUCAUUUGGAUCAUUUCAGGACCUGGUCCUGCCAAUUUCUCCUGAACUAAAGGUACUUGAUGACAUCACAAGGUGGAACGGAGCGUUUAGAGGUUUGGAGAUAAAAGUGUUACUCAAACCUGUGUGAAUGAAACAAAACACAAUUGGAGGUCUUUUUUAGCAGCGUUAGAACAGGGAUCAGAAAACAGCCUCGUAUGGGCCCUUUAAACUGUGGAAGUUCAGUCUAGAUGAUCAUGUGACAGAACGGUUUAGUGGUGCGGGAUGUCUACCCUCUUACCGGGAGGUUAUUGGUUCAAUCCCCAUGUACUACAUUCAAAGUAUUACUCUUUUGGAUGUUACCAGGUUGGAUAUUUUUAAGUUGAAACAUUAUUGUGACUUUUCUGCUGGAGGGUGUGCUACCUGCUUGUUUCCAUGGAGAUGUGAUCGUUUUGCUUGGAAUGUUCCACAAUACAGCAUUAAACUUGUCUCUCUUGCAUUUAUUUAAGGUUGUUUUAUUGCUCCGAAAUACCUUAAAUCAUUUGUAUGCUAGAGUGUUUUAAGAAACUGAGUACACUCCACAGAUCUGAGCUGUAACUUCGUGUCGUCGCUGGCUCAUCUCCAUGGAGAUGCUUUUAAUGCCGUGCAGUGGGACAUUUGACAUAAAGCAGUAAUGCCUCGGUGGAGCAGGGAGGUACAUUGUGCGUUUUAAAGUACAUAUGCCCAUAUAAGGACAUUUCCUGGCAUAAUGACAUAAUCUGUUUGAAUAUUUUUGGUUUACUUCAUUAUUGUGUUUUUGUGAAGUCAUGUCCAAGUGCGUUUGUACCGUCCCUUUAAAUGGAUCAAAUAUUAAAUUACAAUGUUUGGACACGAUGGUUCCAGUGACUUCUGUUUUUUAGGCUGUUCUAAAAGAAAAGAAUCAUAUAAAAAUAGAGUGACUUUAAAUUAUUCUACGAAAACCACCUUUUGUCUCAUUAACCCUAUUCUAAUGUGAUGAAAUGUGCCCUAUCGGGGCUUUAACCCUGUCCUAGUGCAGCGCGCUCCUCAAAAAUGUCCCCUGACAUUGUGCAUUUUGUUUCAUUCAUGCUCUACAGAUCUCACAACACGCCAGUCCACCUUGUGACAUCAUUAGGUGGUAAUACAGGAAGUGCCGGUGAAAUCCUUAAAGGUUCAGGUUCAUCAAUUGGUUCUGAAACUACGUUAAAACCGCUGUUGGAUAAAAUACCCUUUAAUAAUGUAAUCUUUUCAACAUUUCUAUUGGCCAAUGAGUGUAUUUUUGAGUGUAAGUUUAGGCAUCCUGUUUUUAGCUUCAGUUCUACUGGCAUCAUCGUCAUCAUCAUUUUCUCCAUCUUAUUCUUCACCAGUAACACACAAGGAGUUGUUUAAGUUGGGCUUUUUUUUACUCUUGCAUGUUUGAGAAAUGCUGAAACUGCUUUUGACAUUUGAAUUUAAGAAAAAGUCAGUUGGACCAAUGAUUGUUUGAGUAAAAAUGUUUGUAUCAAAUAUUUCCCUAAGGUUCUAAAUGUGUCAUAUUUGCUUUUUCUGCAUAAAAAGAAGUCGACAUUCAGGAAAAGUGUUAGUUCCACUUCCAAAUAGAGAGUGAAGCUCUGGAGCUGGAGGCUGGUGUUACUGUUCUGCAGUGUUUCUCAGUCUCAUUAGGAUCUUGUGUUUUGUAAAUUUAAACUUUUUUAAUGAUUAUUUUCUGUGUAAAUGUGUCAGUUUUAAAAUGUUCAGAUCUGGUUUAAAACAUUGUAAAUGCAUCAUGUGAAUGUGCUCUUAAAGUUUGAGAUGAAUUCUGUGAAGUCACUGUGAAAUGGAGGAAAACAACAGAUUUGGAGCCUGAAUCUGACCUUUGGCUUUUAAUAAAAUUCACUUCUCUCAUAUUAAUAAGAUG